CUGCACUCCUAACCCGUGUCUAAAUGGUGGAGAGUGUAAGAUUGAAAACAACGCUGCCAAGUGUGACUGUAAGGACGGAUUUUCUGGAGACAAAUGCGAAACUGGAAAAGAUGCCUGCACUCCUAACCCGUGUCUAAAUGGUGGAGAGUGUAAGAUUGAAAACAACGCUGCCCCCAAGUGUGACUGUAAGGACGGAUUUUCUGGUGACAAAUGCGAAACUGUAAAAGAUGCAUGCAUUCCAAAUCCAUGCCUCAAUGGUGGAACAUGCGAGUUAAAGGAAGGAACGAGAAAAUGCACGUGCACUGCUGAGUUUUCUGGUGACAUUUGUGAAACUAAAAUAGAUCCUUGCAAUCCUAAUCCUUGUGUACAUGGGGAAUGCCAAAAAAGCUGGUAUAAAUGGAUUUGCUUGCAGUUGCGAAGGGAAGUUCAGAGGAUUUCAUUGCAAUAUUACCAAUGAAGCAGUAGAAGACAUGAGGAAAGCUGGUAGACACAACACUACUGUUGUAGCAGUUGUAAUGUCUCUGUUAAUUGUAGCAAUAGUCGGUGUCAUGUGCUACGUGUCUAGAAGGAAUGAUGGCUUUCAAUAUAAGAGAGGAUGUUUUGCUGAAACGGUUUUCUUUUGUAACAAAGCACCUGAUGAUUCUGUGGAAUUAGGACAUCAAAGAUCGUCUGAUAAUUUCAGAGAGGGAUCAGGGCUGCAACAUUCGGCAGUCAAUCACGGUUAUGGUUCCGCCAUACGUGAAAGCAGAAGUUCAUGAAAAAAAAAUGUGGACUAGUCAGCAUAACAUUUUAUGUGUAGCAUUUACUAAGUGUUGAA